GACACUCUGCCCUCUAUCACUGUGUUGUGGUUUCCUUGCCCCCGCAGCGUGUCGCUGGCAAACCUCCCACGUUACCUCAGGAAAUCGCUGCCUCACCAACUGAGAUAUGAUCACACAAUUGGAUUAGACCACAGCUGCACGGCAACAAACAUAGAGUCGAGUGAGGCGUGUAAUGGCCUGAGGGGGGUCCCCCCAGUUCCACCUGCCCCUGCCAGGUCCAGUCUGCCUAAACUGUCUGCUCAGCCACUGCGACCCACCACUGCGAUGGGAGACGGACUGGAGGCAGGCAGCAGCCAGAACCCUCCCUCUGCCCCACCACCUCUCCCCUUUAACCCUCCACCACCUGAAACAUGGAACCCCUCCAGACCAAAACGACAGACCAACCAGCUACAGUACCUGCUUAAAGUGGUGUUGAAUACAUUAUGGAAGCACCACUUUGCAUGGCCCUUCCAAGCUCCUGUAGAUGCCAUCAAACUCAAUUUGCCUGACUACUAUAAGAUCAUCAAGACUCCUAUGGACAUGGGCACGAUAAAAAAACGCCUGGAGAACAACUACUACUGGAAUGCUCAGGAGUGUAUCCAAGACUUCAACACAAUGUUCACGAACUGCUACAUCUACAACAAGCCUGGGGAUGAUAUUGUCCUGAUGGCGGAGGCCCUGGAAAAGCUCUUUCUCCAGAGGAUCACAGAGAUGCCGCAGGAGGAGACGGAGAUUGCUGUGGUCAGCAAGGGACGCCGCGGGGGCAGACGGGAUUCAGCUCUGAUCACAAAGUCAGAUUCAGGCCAAGACUCAUCGUCCCCCUCCACCACCCCCCAUACACGAGGCUUUUCAUCCCCGUCGACCACCCCGCACACCCGUCCUGCACCCGCCUCUCAAGGCCUUCCUACUCUGCCUCUGCCCCAGCCUCAGCCUCAGCCUCAGCCUCCCCCACGCGUGCCUCCUACGCCCACCUCCCACGCCCAUCUGGGACCCCAGUUCCCCAUCUCGACUCCAGACGUCCUGGCCCAAGGCAUGACCUCUGUUCCCCCGCCAGCCCCGACACACCCAGGACUCCAUCCCGCCCCGAUGCUGCAGAGCUCCCCCGCCCUCAUCAAGCAAAGGAAGAGCCAGAAGAGGAAAGCAGACACCACCACACCCACAGCCAACGACCAGCUCAGUGAAUCAUCUCCUGUCUCUGCUGAGGCUCGGCCGCGCCGAGAGAGCAGUCGUCCAUCAAAGCAACCCAAAAGAGACGCGUCGCAGCCGGACUCUCAACAUCACCUGGGGGCUGGUUUGGAGACAGGAGGGACUGUAACGCCGAAACGUCAGGACCAGUUGCGUUCCUGCGCACGCCUUGUCAGAGAGAUGCUUUCCAAGAAACACGUGGCAUACGCCUGGCCUUUUUACAAGCCUGUUGAUGUAAAAGCUCUUGGUCUCCACGACUACCACGACAUUAUCAAGCACCCCAUGGAUCUCAGCACCAUCAAGAAAAAGCUGGACAACAAACAGUACAGAGAAGCUCAAGAAUUUGCAGCAGACGUCAGGUUGAUGUUCUCUAACUGUUACAAGUACAAUCCUCCAGACCAUGAUGUUGUUGCCAUGGCACGCAAAUUACAGGACGUGUUUGAGAUGCGUUUCGCCAAAAUGCCUGAUGAGCCAGAGGAGCCCACCCCUGUUCCCACCCCGUCAACGGCCCUCCACCCUGCCCCCUCCACUCGACAAGUCCCGCCUCCUUCUGCCGUCUCAGAAGACGACAGCUCCAGUUCCUCCGAAUCAGAGUCCUCGGGAGGAGACUCAGAACAAGAAAGGCAACAGCGAUUGGCUGAGUUACAGGAACAGCUUAAAGCUGUCCACGAACAGCUGGCAGCGCUCUCCCAGCCGCAGGCCAGCAAGCCCAAGAAGAAAGAGAGGGAGAAGAAGGAGAAGAAGAAAGAAAAGCACAAGAAGAAGAUGGGAGCAGAGGAAACCGUGGAGGCCCCUCCGUCUGCGAUGCUUCAGCCUCCCAAGAAAAGCAAGAGCAGCAAGGAGCCACUCGUUGUGAAGAAGGAAAGGAAAAAGCCUGGUAAGAAAGAAGGAGUUAAAAACAGCCGCCCAGCUGUGCCCCCUCAGCCUGGGCCAACCCCACUCGUCCCCUCAGCCUCUCUUGAAGCAGAGGAUGACAUAGAUGUAUUUGGGAGCAUGUCCGCCGAAAGAUGCAAGCCGAUGUCGUACGAGGAGAAGCGCCAGCUGAGCCUGGACAUCAACAAGUUGCCCGGUGACAAACUGGGCCGCGUUGUGCACAUAAUCCAAACGCGCGAGCCUUCGCUGAAGAACUCAAACCCGGACGAGAUUGAGAUCGACUUCGAGACGCUGAAGCCUUCUACGCUGAGAGAGCUGGAGAAAUACGUCUCCAGCUGCCUUAGGAAGAAGAAAAAACCGUCAGUAGAGAAACCUCUGGAAAUGACAAAUGUGACAAAGAUGAAGACAGGAUCGUCAUCUUCGGGCAGCAGCGACUCCUCUGAUAGUGAAGACUCUGAGAAUGGGCUGGUUCCCAAACAGCAGAAGAAGACCUUGACUAACAAAGACACCAAGAGACCACACCACCUGUCCCUCAGUAGUGGAGUUGGCCCAGUCCCUCCUCAGUCUCAGACUCAGCCUCAAGUCGUCCAGUCCAAACCGCCAUUCGUUGCCCCUCCCUCGGUCCCUGUCUCUGUCCCAUCUCUGGACACCUCCCAGCUGUUGGCCUCGGGAUUUGAUCCUCUGGCCCACUUCAUGAACCCACACUUGACGCAGUCAAACACGGAGCCGAAUCCAACCAUCACUACUGCUGGAGCCCCCGUCACCUCUGGCCUGCUCAACACAAACACACCCGGCAGCCAGGCGCCCGCUGAGACGCACCCUUUCCUAAACCAACAUCCCAUCAUACCCUCACCAGCGAUCCACAAUGCUCUUCCCCAGCAACCAUCAAGACCUAGCAACCGCGCAGCGCCGCUUCCUCCCAAACCCCCACAGCCACCCCCGUCCUCACUCCCCUCCCUGGCUCCAACCACCUCACCCCAGCUUCAGCCCUCGCUUCCCCUCACCCUUCCCCAGCCUGUCCCCCGUCCUCGUGUCCCUUCACCCCCAUCACAUGGCAUCUUGGGUACCCUCUCGGCACAACCUCCUCAAGCCCUGCUGGAGGACGACGAAGAGCCGACGCCCACCAGUUCUGAAACCCCCCCCCUCAGCCAGGUGCACACCUUCCUGCAGUCUCUCCAGACUCGACCCACCACGCAGGCCCAGCCGAUGCACACGCACUCGCCCGUGCAGGGCGCUCCCCAGCUGGUGCCGUCAAUGCACACGCAGGCCAUGACCACAUCCACCCCCGCCCUGACGCAGAGACACAACUCAGGCCACGCGCACAUGCAGCAGCCGUUCCCGCAUACACACACGUCAGCGUCGCAGCAGCAGAAGGGGUUGACCCUGCAGCAGAAGGUACAACAGAUGCAGCAACAUCAACAACAGCCAUCACCACGAAGUAAAGCAGAGCCUUUCUCAACAGGUUGCCUGCGCGAGAGCCCCUCUCCCCUGAUGAUGCAUUCUCCUCCGAUGCCUCAGUUCCACACCAUGGGACAGCAGUCACCGUCACAGACCAAGAAACAUGAGCAGAGGUCCAACCUGGUGGUGGUCAAAGAAGAGAAGCCUUCCCACUCCCCAGUGCUGCCCCCCUCGCCCUUCAGCCCUGCCAUGCGUCAGGACACACACAAACCCGACAACAAACACAGAUUAGAUCUGAAGCCACUGGAUGGUUCUCGUCCUGGUUCUCGCCUACCAGACUCCCCAGCACUGCCCUGCGCCCAGCAAGACAACAAAAUCAAGCAAGAACCCAAAACCCCCAUCGCUCCUAAGAAGACACAGGACGUGAAGCUGAAGAACAUGGGCUCUUGGGCCAGCCUGGCUCAGAGGUCCCAGUCCACGCCGGCCUCCUCCGUUCGCUCCUCCAGCGACAGCUUCGAACAGUUCAGACGGGCCGCAAGGGAGAAGGAGGAGAGAGAGCGACAGCUGAAAGCACAGGCUGAACAGGCCAGGAGAGAGCAAGGAAAGCUACGCCGUGACGACGAGGACACGAUGGAGCAAGCUCGUCGAGCGCAAGAAGACGCCCGCCGUCGCCAGGAGCAGCAGUCGCCGCUUGCUCCCACUCCUCCGGCUUCUACCCCCCCCACUCACUCCCCGCAGGCUCCACCCCCACAGCCACAGGCCCCGCCCCCAUCCGCCUCAGCUGCACAGAACGCGCUCGACCAGCAGAGGGAGAUGGCGCGCCGCCGUGAGCAGGAGAGGCGCAGGAGAGAAGCGAUGGCUGACACCAUUGACAUCAACUUCCAGAGCGACCUGAUGGCCAUUUUCGAAGAGAACCUGUUCUGA